AAGUUUGAUCCCAGAGAGGCUAACAAGUUUAGAGACUUUCCUCUAACUGAAAAAACGCAGAAAGGUUGUUUGGAGUUAUGUAAGUACAAAGUACCGACUGUGAUACAGAGCAAAUCUCUGAUUCCUUCGUUGAAGGGGGAAGACAUAUUGGGGGCUGCCAAGACGGGGUCAGGAAAAACCCUGGCUUUCAUCAUUCCCAUUCUAGAAAAAUUAUUCAAAUUAAAAUGGAGUAGUAUAGAUGGUGUGGGUGCGCUCGUACUUACCCCUACCCGAGAACUUGCAUACCAAAUUUUUGAAGUACUCAGAAAAGUUGGCAAGUACCAUGAUUUUUCAGCUGGUCUUGUGAUUGGUGGAAAGGAAAUGAACAAAGAAUCAGAAUUCAUCAACAACACUAACAUCAUCAUCUCGACGCCCGGUCGACUGCUGCAUCAUAUGGAUCAAACCCCUGGCUUCUCAGUCGACAAUCUGCAGAUAUUGGUGCUGGACGAGGCAGACCGCAUGCUGGACAUGGGCUUCCAGCAGGAUUUGAACUGCAUACUUCAGAACUUGCCCGCUCACAAGCAAACACUUCUCUAUUCGGCUACACAAACUAGGUCAGUCAAAGAUUUAGCCAGAUUAAAUAUGACCAAUUGGGUUCUGCUGUCCGAUUUUGAACUAGCCAAUCACAGCACACCUGAUCAGUUAACGCAGAGAUAUGUAGUUUGCGACAUAGCCGAGAAAUUGAACUUCCUCUGGUCGUUCAUCAGAACGCACCCCUCAAAGAAAAUUCUUGUAUUUUUGUCCACUUGUAAACAGGUCAGAUUCGUUUUUGAACUCUUCAGCAGGGUUGACCCCGAGUUGCCAGUUCUUUGUUUGCAUGGUUCUAUGCCCCAGAUGAAGAGGUUGAGUGUCUACCAGACGUUCAUCAGUAAGAGCUCUGUCGUUCUACUCUCCACUGAUUUGGCAUCUAGAGGGCUUGAUUUCCCCUCCGUUGAUUGGGUAGUUCAGUGUGACUGUCCUGAGGACGUGAGCACUUACAUACACAGGGUCGGACGAACUGCUCGGUACGAGAAAGAUGGCAGGGCGUUGCUGAUGUUGUUGCCUUCUGAAGAGAAUGAGAUGGUUAAACAAUUGAAGGAUAACAAAGUGCCCAUUGAAAAGAUUAAUGCCAAUCCGAACAAGCUGACGAGGAUAACACGAAAUGCGGAGUCUCUCUGCGCCUCUGACGUCACGCUCAAGCAAUUUGCCCAGAGGGCUUUCGUAUCCUACCUGAAGAGUGUGGGCAUGAAUAAGAACAAGGACAUCUUCAGCGUCAAGCUCAUUGACUACGAGUCGUUUGCUGGGUCCCUGGGCCUUUCGAAGACUCCACGAGUUAGAUUCAUCGAUAAG